GCACAGAACCGUCUUGUAACGUCUCUCUAUUGGGUAUUCCAGUAUGUAAGACUCGCGACUGGCGACUGAUUUGGAAGACACCUGAAACUUGGCAGCAUUUUCAGGGUCAGACAUGCUGUGGCUUUGCUUAAUGCGUUUGGUCGACAGCCAUAAAAGGAUUUUGCAAGGGUUUGCCUUCAUAUUACUGCCUCAACUUGGAAUGUUGUAUUCCUCGUCACAUGAAAGAAGCGAAACGACACUUAAUGGUACCUGCUAUCUGAAUUCCAAAGACCACAGUUUAGCCAAACAGCAUCGAAGACAUGAAUGUAUAGUAAACCUGUCUCGAGGUGAUGAAAUCAUGAAGUCAUAUGCUUCUCAUGGCCGAACGCCUCAGGCGUAUCAGUUCAUGUCGUCAAAUUAUACUUUAGGAUACAACGAAGUGCGGGAGGUGGGGGAAAGCUCGAGAAGGUAGCUAAACUCAAGCUUGUGUCUUGCUGCGACGCCA